UUAGUUAAUUUUAGUCUGUUUUCGUUACUUACAGUUGGAGUACUUGUUUUUUUGUUGUUUAUGGAUGAUCGCCCACUUUAUGAAGAUUUAUACAUAUUGGAAGGACAAGAAUAUGGAUAGAUUUAAGUUAAUUAUGAACCACAGGGAUGGAUCUUGAAUGGAAUCUGAGUUGCCUUGAGAUUUCACCAAAGAGGAACAAAAGAAGACUGUCUGGUCUGCAUAAAUUCAUUGACCCCUGCUGUCUGCAGAUCAUGCUAGAGGAGGAACCUGAGGAUACUGUACAAUCUGAGAAAGAAAUAGAGACUUCACAAGAAGAUCAGAGUAGUAUUUCAAUGGUGGCCAAACCAAAUCUUAGAAGGUCCUUGCGAGGUCAGAGUCCUCUUACAGUUCAGACAGAAGCUCUGCAGGUAGCAAAAUCAGAAGUUGAAAUAAUAGAUCCCAAAAAAAUACUGACAGUGGAGAAUGAUCUGAAACAGAUAAAAAAGAUCUACCUAAAUUGCAAUAAGAAAUUGAAGAAUCCCAGUCUUGAAACUAUAUUUGAAGAUCCAACUGGCGAUGAUAAAGUAAUGAGCAAAAAGAAGCUAAAGAGAUCUCUCACGUUUGUAGACCACGCGACUCGCAGCAAAGUGAAGUCAAAGAAAAGACUGAUGAAGGCUAAAAAGAUAACUGCAAAGAAGCGCGCUCAAACGAAAAUAUCCAUGGAGCUUUUUAUGCAAAAGCUGCAUGAUCUUGACUCAGAGGAAUAGUAUUUAUACCUAAAUUUUAUAUGUAAUAUUACGUUGACAUUAUUGUUUAUUUUUUCAAUUUAUUUUAAAAAGUCUUAUUCUGACAAUUGGAUCUUUUGUGAAAAAAAAAGAGGAUGAAAA